CCUGGAUAUGUUCGUAGUAUGGGACUUGGAGUUACGCCGUCUCAAAUUAAUAGAUCUACGAGAUCGGCGACUUCUUUGGAAGAAAAUGAAAAAAUAAAGGAAAUGCAAGAAGAAAUUAAUGCACUUAAAGAAAAGAAUUCAAAAAUUGAUGAAUUGAUGGAGGCAGUCGCAUUCUUAAAGCAAAGGGACAAUGCUAUGACAGAGGAAAUUGAACGCUUAAGGCAAAUGCAAAAUUCUAGUGGAAGACAGGGAUUGGAAUCACCCGCUGAUGGUAGACGUUCUUCUGAGUCUAGCUACCGAAUUGCAGAUAAUGGAUCAUCAAGAAGGACAAAUUAGACGUUGCUAUGAAUUAAUUAGAUUAUAAAAUUUCCUAUGUAUUUUUGGCACUAUGAAUCUUAUUAUUAUAAGAUUAGGAUUUGAUAUGUUUUUCGAUUUUUUGUAUUACAUGACAUGAUUAUGGAACUCACAUUUUUUUGAUAUCACAGAUGUUUAUUUGAUAUUA